AUGCUCCAAGCGCGGAAAAUCGAUGAGUUUCCAAAUCCGGCUGAAAAGCCCAAGGUUAAAGUGAUUGUCCUUAGUUGCAGCAAAACUGGAACACUUGGAUUAUAUCGAGCAUUUAAAAUACUUGGGUAUAAACCCUAUCAUGCCGCAGAGUUUGUACGAAAUCAAAAUCACAGCCAUAAGAUCUUCUUCCAGGAGGCAUUACUAGCCGAACACAACCGAUUUUCUGGUCUUAAACCAUAUGGACGAGCUGAAUUUGACAAAUGGUUUCAAGAUUAUGAUUCAAUCAUCGAGGUACCCUGUUACAUGCUUACACAAAUCCUCAGCGCGUAUUUGAGUGAUCCAAACGUCAAGUUUCUUUUGACCGAGCGGGAUCCUGACAAAUGGGUCAGAUCAUUUAACAAGCAAGUGGGUGGCAUGAACGAUUAUCUUGCAUCAGCUCCAAUGGCCAUCCUGAGAUAUUUUGACAUCGGCCUAUGGCAUCACUGGCGAUUCAACAGCCUAGUUUAUGACUUGUUUAGUGGGACGACAAAGCAAGGCCAUUCUGAGAACGAGGAGAUACUACGUCAGAACUAUGCCAACUACAAUAAUUUGGUCAAGAAAUUGAUACCAGGGGAAAGACUACGAAUUAUUAAAUUAGAGGAGGGCCUUGGAUGGGAUGAACUUUGCGACUUUCUUGAAGUUUCGAAGCCCAGCGUGCCAUAUCCAAAUUUUGACAAUCAUAUGGAGCUCAGAGAUGCAAUACUUAAGCCAUUGAUAACAAGAGCCUUGGUAAAACUUGCAUUAGUAACUGCAUCAGUUGUCGAAGUAGGGGUGGUAUUAUGCUGGAAGAAAUGGACGUAA